AUGAUCAAACUGCGGGCUUUGGGCGCUUUGGCCCUCGCGACUCCCGCCGUUUUGGCACAAAGUUGCAUAUCACUGUCGGGGUCGAAGGCUUGUCCAGCAUUUAAUUCCUCUUCAAUCUCCACGAGUCACGCUUUGAUUGACUUAUACCCUUUUCUUGCAUAUGUUUCGAGUACGGAAGACUUCGACACCCAAUUAACUCAAUAUGUUUCGCAGCAAUACGUCCAGAACAAGUAUAUCAACAUCUUUGGUUGUGACAACGUGAAUCUGGGCAACACUACAGAUUAUUACGCCCGCUAUACCACCAGCUUUCUCUGUAAUGGCAUCGUACAGAACUCUCGAGAGCCCUGUGGAUUAUCUGAUGCCAAUUCCACACCCCUAUGCGCAGACUCCUGCGCCGACCUGGCACUUAGUGAAGAACAGAUCGUCUCGAGCGACUUGUGCAAUGGUCGCAACGAUGACUAUGCAGACGAACUGCGCGCCGACUUCACCAACUGCGCCUUGCCCGCAAACUCUAUAAGUGGAAGCUGUAUCACUGGCGAAUCCAAUGAGCCUCAAGAUUGCGGAUUCGGUGGUAACUUGAUGGGCCUUUGCAACUUCUGUCGCGCAAGCACCGAGAACGGCACCGACUCCUGCUGUUUCACUUCCAAUUCCACUGGCCGGUGCCAGGAUGUCACUCUUCCUGUUUUCUCGACUAUCGCCAAUCUCUUUUCUUCUACCGCCAGUCCCACGGCCUCAGCUACGAGCGGCGCUGCAACAACUGCAGCUCACUCUGGAGGGGGUUCGGGCCUCAGCGGGGGCGCAAUCGCUGGGAUAGCCAUCGGAUCUAUAUUGGGAUUCCUUCUCCUACUCGCCCUCCUCAUCCUUGCGUUUAUCUGCCUUCGACGUCGGCGCAACAACAGCAAAGCUGGCAGCGUGCUCAACCAGCCAUCCCCUCACAGGAGAGGUGUGGCCUCAUCUGCAUACAAUCAACCUAUGUCGCAGCAAGGCUAUGAAGUCCUUCCGGGCGGACGUGUUGCUCGCAUGUCUGCUUUGCAGGAUGAACCACCCUCGGCCAUGACGGGCCCGCCUGGAAUCGGGCCACGGAACUAUACCUCUCAUACAGAUCCGUACGGCGACAGUCCGGAAUCAAAUGAGAAGGUCGCGGGAGUUGCGGGAGUCGUCAAACACGGCGGAUCUCCCGGCAUUAACUCACAAAACAGUAGCUCUCCUGGAGAAUACUCUUCGCCUGAAGGAGUAGCAAGUGGACAGUCCGAACAGUUGCCCUUCUUCAAAGACUACUAUUCCAACGAUGACAUCCACCCGGGAGAUAAGGUGGCGGUGCUCUGGGCCUACCAACCCCGCGCUGGGGAUGAAUUUGAACUCGAAAGAGGGGACAUGCUCAAAGUGGUGGGCAUUUGGGAUGAUGGUUGGGCCACUGGAGUGCGGCUUAAUGAGCGGGCAGAAGACUACGACGGCAAGCACAAGGCGCAGCGAGACAGUGGUGUUUCCAAUGGGAGUGCCACCCGUGAAGAGACGCCUACACCGCCGGGAGAGAUCAAGGCCUUCCCUCUUGUUUGUGUCUGUCUCCCUGAAGCCUGGAAGAAGACGGUGGAAGGAGACACGUCUACCGACAGUGGUUCAGGCGGUCUACCCCCGACAUGA